GCAAGGUGUUGUCGGCCACUCCACUCACAGGACCCCGUGGAUCGCCGCCCGCGUGCCCAUGUUUUCCUUCGCUCGUCGCUAAAAGAUGAUUAUUUCUCACAAAGUCCUCACAUUUGACAACAUAACACACACAUCGCGCCGUCUCGCCUCUUAGUGAGUCCGCCGCCUGAGCCGCGCAAGUUCGAGCGUCGUCGUAGACUUUCCCCGCCGCCUGUGGUCAUGACGUCAUCGAUGGUGGUGCCGGUCAUUGAUGUCCAGCAUGACAACUUCAAAGAACUCUGGCCCGCCAUGGUGCUGGCUAUGACGUCAUCCUCUUUUCUGGCUCUCGACACGGAGCUGAGUGGUCUGGGGAACAGGACGUCGCUACUUGCUGCGUGUAUAGAAGACAGGUACAAGGCCAUAUGCCACGCAGCUCGCUCUCGCUCCAUCCUCUCCCUGGGAAUCGCUUGCUACAAGAAACUCGCCGAGCAGUCUGCAGACACGUACCUGGUCCAGGUGUACAACCUCACCCUGCUCUGUUCAGAGGAGUACAUCAUCGAGCCCCAGUCGGUGCAGUUCCUGGUGCAGCACGGCUUCGACUUCAACAAGCAGUACGCUCACGGCAUACCCUACCACAAGGGGAAUGACAAGGGGGGCUCAGACAACCAGGGAGUUCAUAUCCGGGCUUUAUUCACGGAGAUAUUGCGUGCCAGGAAGCCCUUGGUGCUCCACAACGGCCUGAUUGACAUGGCUUUCCUGUACCAGAACUUUUAUGCACAUCUUCCAGAUCGUUUAGCCACCUUCACGGCCGACCUGUCCGAGAUGUUCCCGGCAGGCAUCUUCGACACCAAAUACGUGACCGAGUUUGACCUCCGCCUCAGCGCCUCCUACCUGGAGUACGCCUACAAGAAAUGCAAGCUGGACAACAGCCGCAACGAGUCCUCCGGUGGGACCGGCCGUCACAUCCAGCUGCAGUUCUGUCAGUAUGCCGGUGCCAUGUCCCGCUAUGUGGACCAUAGGGCCUGCCCCACUGUCGCUCCUCAUCAGGUGCAGGCUGACAUCUGCCACAACUUCUCCGCGUUCGGUUGGUGUCCGAAAGGCACCGAGUGUCCCUCGUCCCACGACACAGACCUCAUCAUUCUCCACGACGAUAACUCCAGGACGGAGAAGAGGAGAAAGAGGAAGCGCCAUCAGAAGAAGAAGAAGAAAGAAGAAGAAGACCCUGCGGCGCUGGAAGCUGCUCCUCGGGACAAAAAGCCUCACAUGGACUUGGAACCUGGGAAGAUGAUUGACAACCGUAAGGAUGGAGAAGACAUGAAGACUCUUAAUGAUGGAGAAGACAUGAAGACUCUUAAUGAUGGAGAAGACAUGAAGACUCUGCAUGAUGGAGAAGACACGAAGACUCUGCAUGAUGGAGACGCCAUGAAAGCAGACCUCAAAGUGUGCGAGGACACCACGGAAUCGCCAAGAUGCGACAAGAAGGUGGAGUCAGGUUCCCACCGAGCAGGGUUCGAUGCCUUCAUGACGGGGUACAUCUUCGCCUACUCCUGCGCCACCGUGCAGCAGGCGGGCGGCGAGGAGGAGGAGGAGCGGGCGUGGCUCCCCGACUCCCUCAACAAGAUCUACCUGAGCGGCAAGGCGGCCCCUCUCAACAUCGUCAAGAGCACCUUCUCCAAGUCCUCCAAGGCCCACGUGCAGAAGAUGGCGCUGGUCUGGGCCAGCAAGCGGUAAGAGCGGGGGUGUCCAAACUUUUUCCCCCUGGGGGCCAUUUUGAUGUUUUUUUAUUUCCAAAACCUUACAGGUCCCGGGGAUCCAAAAGGGUCUCUGUCAUUAAAGUGUUAAAAAAGUG